ACAGUGCAGCUGCUACUGAAAUACUAAAUACCAUUCACUCUUCUUAGUUUCUUAUCAUCCUUUUCUUGACUAUACUUAUAGUGAAAUGUUUUUAAUAGAGAUAAUUGAAGUUAUAUACGUAUACAUCAGAUAUUUUUUGUGGUUUUAGAAAUAUUGGCAGAUAAUGUGGAAAACUCAAAUGGAAGAUCACAUUGACAAGUUACUGGCGAAACUGGGCACCGGCUGGUGGCAGAUUCUUCACUUUCUUACUCUCAGUUUUGCUUCUGGCACACUAGCCGUACAUUCGUUGGCUGGCGUGUAUGUGGCUCCUAGAAUAAAGUAUGAGUGUCGUCUGCCACCUGACACUAAGGAAAGGAGUUAUUUCAUUAAUAAUGGUAGUAUAGACUCUUGCAACUACUUUGUGCUGUAUGAGAAUGGAACUCAAAAUGAGGCACCUUGCACUGAGUGGGACUUCGACAAUUCAACAUUUACGAAUACAAUUACCUCAGAGUUUGGGCUAACAUGCCAAAGGGACUACCUUCGGGCAACUUACCAGAGUAUGUACAUGAUUGGCGUUUUAGUGGGGUCGCCAAUUAAUGGAAUCCUUGCCGACAGAUAUGGGCGGAAGACAAUGUUUACUGGAAGUGCUGUGCUUUAUGCCAUUUUAGCCAUUGUUUCAUGCUGGCUUCCUGGGCUUCCUUUGCUGUUAGUGUUUCGGUUUCUCUUGGGGACACUGCACACAUCAGUUCUCAAGACUGGAUACAUUUUAGCCAUGGAAAUUGCAAACCCUAGAAUACGAACUAUUGUUGGAGUUACCUUAUUUGCGCCGUGGAGUUUGGGAACUAUGGCGUGGGGGGGACUGGCUUACCUGAUGAGGAGUUGGCGUUCCUUGCUCACAGUAGGAUCCUUGCCUUGCUUGCUCUUGCUGCCUCCACUUCUGUUUCUUGAUGAGUCGCCCCGCUGGUUACUCGUGAGAGGAAAGCACACCCAUGCAUGUGAGGUUUUAAAGAAGGCUGCUAGAUGGAACAAAGUAACUCUGCCCCCCGACUUUGAUGUCAUGAGGUUUGAUGAGAGAUAUGCAGAGCAGGUACCCAAAACCAAAGACCAGGCUACAGAUUUAGACUGGAAGACUAUUAUAAAAAAUUGUGCAAAAGGAAUAUUGAUUUUGUUAAGAACACCUCGCCUACGCCUCGCCACCCUAGUGAUGGUUCUGGACUACUUCGUCUUAGGGAUGGUCUACUUUGGUAUCACACUUAGUGGAGGGAACCUCAACUUUGACAUUUUCUCGUAUAUGGUUCUGAUAGGCCUUGCAGGAUUUCCAAGCUAUACUGUAUUGUAUCCUGCUGUGUCGUACUUUGGUAGAAGACUACCAAUAGCUAUAUCUUAUACUGUUACAGGUAUCGUGCUACUGAUACAGCCAUUUCUACCAUCAGGUAACCAGUGGUUGGUUAUAUCUUUAGUACUGACUGGUAAGGUGGCCAUCAGCGCAGCAUUCCAGGGAUGCAACCUCUAUGCUACAGAAUUGUUUCCGACAGAAGUUCGCACCAGUGGUGUCGGUACCUCCUUCAUGCUCUCUAGAGUUGGCUCAGCCAUUGCACCCUUCAUUACAGAUUACCUGGGAGUGAUAUACCCUUGGGCACCUUCAGUUGUCUUUGGCUUGGCAUCAGUCUCUGCAGGACUUGCAACUUUGAGACUUUGGGAAACUCGGUGGAUUUCACUGCCAGACACAAUCCCUCAGCUGGAGAGCACCAAUUUCUUGCCUUUGAAAAAGAACACCAACCAGAUCACAGAUGACCAAGAAUGUACAGCUGAGUCCAUGGUGAAGCUUUGAUGGUUUACUAGAGUAGUACAUAAUACCAAUAAAUCUGAUACAAACACCAUAA